AUGGAUGAAGUGGCCGCAACUCCCCUCACUGGCCAUGCCCAGAACCAGACAACAAUUACUCAGCCUCAUCAUCAUCAGCAACAACCCCAACAACAACAUCAUUCCCUGGACCACACGCAACAGCAGCAGCAUCAACAGCCGCCACAACCGCAGCACCAUCAUCCGCCGCACCUAAAUCAACAUCCGCAUCAUUGCGCCGAGGUUCCGACGGCUACACAGGAUGCAUCAGGUCAAAUGAUGGUCUCCGAUUACUGCGGCAACGGAUUGAUCGGUCCUGAUUGCUCGAUUCCCAACUCCGUUGACCCAUCGUGGUUGAGUGCAGAGUGUUAUCCUUCGAGAGCUUACGACCCACUUCCUCUUCCACCUCAUAACCUUGAGGAUCCUGUUUGUGUGAAAGCGGAGAGGACCUUCACGCCGGAACCGAGCCGCCCUCUAACCUACGAAGGCUCGUUCCAGGAACCGGUCAAGUACCGGAACCUUCGCCCUCAUUCCACUCCCGCAACACUUCUGUGGCUAGAUGAGAACUACGAGAUGGCCGAAGGAGUGUGCAUUCCACGCAACACUCUGUACCUCCAUUACGUGGAUUUCUGUGCCAAGAAUUCGAUGCAACCGGUUAACGCCGCGAGCUUUGGAAAGAUAAUUCGUCAACAGUUUCCUGCACUCACCACGCGUCGUUUGGGAACACGAGGUCAAUCAAGAUAUCAUUAUUAUGGAAUCGCAAUCCGAGAGCAUUCACCUUAUUUCGAGCCCACCUACUCGAGAAAAUCCGGCGAGACGCCGGACGGUCAGAAGAGAGAGCUGCAUAAGGAAUCUCACUCCCCCGCUACGUAUCGCACAAAUAAACGGGAAACUGCCGAAACUCAAACUCGCAAUUUUUUGCUCCUCGCUAAGAAUGCAUCGGCAGUGGCCAAUGUUUCUCAACGGGUAAAAUUAAGCGCUGUUUUGCCGAACUUCCCCUCACUCCGAACACUGAGCGUGAGCCCUUCGGUCGACCGCGAACAGGUGGCGAGCUUCUUGACUAUGUAUCGAGCUCACUGUCAGAGGGUUCUGGACACGAUUCUAUCCAUGAGUCUAGAACAGGUCCGAGUCAAUCUUCAGCAUUUUUGGUUCGGCAUUCCGCAACAUCUUGCCUCGGGACUGGGAUCCCCGGUCUUAGUGAAUUUGGUCGCUCUCUGUGAUUCCACGCUGUAUAAGACUGUUUGCAACUUAUUAGUCCCGUCUUUGACUCAACCCCUGCCCGAAAGCUUCGUGCGGAUGAUCGAAUACUUCACUCAAGACUACGAAAGCUGGCUGGACAGAGCUCUGGGAGGGUUCCCUAAAGCCUUGCAGCAGGUCAAAAUGGAAUUUGGGAAGCAUUUCAUGGGCCAACUGAGACGUAGGGUUGAGGUGAAUCAGUUGUCUCAAGCAUCGAAGAUAUUGUUAGCGAAUAGACAGUUGAUCACGCAAGUGUUAAGCGAUUGGAGAGCCCUGAGAAUGUCAGCAGGACGGGGACUGCUGAUCCUCCAAAAAGAGAGGACCUUCUGCCAUCAGGACGUCGUUCUAUCCGUCCUGUCGGAAUUGGAGUCCUGCUUGGAGACAUCGAACAGUCUGGAGACGUUGCUCCUGUGGAUGGACUCCGUCGUGGAAAAGUUUACCAGCGGGGGAAAUCGGAGUCAUGCGAAGCGGACAAAGAACUUCCCUGGCAGUCGUCCUCCCGCAACAUCCCAAAUGGUGCGUGAUAUCAGCUGCAGUUUCUUGCGAGCGUGGACCGAAUGUUCCCAGAGAAUUUUUCGAGAAAUUCAGGAGACCCCUCAUUUCCCGUCUUUCCAACUCUUACGUAUUUUGUGCGACGACUACAUUCGGAUCAGCGUUUCGACUGUUCUGGAGGAAUGUCUUGUGCGAGACCUGCAUAGUAAUAUCCAGCAAAAUUGCUCACUCGAUAUCUCUUUGAUUAAUCUCGUCGAUUAUGGAUGCCCCCUCCUCACUGAGAGUCUGAUGCCCAAAACUCACUCAUCUCAUCCAAGCGGAGCAUCGUCGGAGCCGAAACCUGUCCAGUUGUGUACGACGGUGACUCAACAACUUCAAGAAAAAACGAAACUUCGACGCUCUGACGAUUCGGCAGAAAUAGUGCCGCAAACCUCUCCCCCAGUUGCGAUUUUCUACGAAACGAAUUGCUACACGGGAGUCACGUCGGUGAUUCAACAAACGACAAAUAUCAUAACAACCACAGCUACGGCUGCCAGCAGUUUGUACGGAGCUCCCGAGGUACUCGAGAACCCCGAGCUGACAGCAGCUCAUCCAGCUCAGCAAUGCGUCAUCAUCUCCGGGGAAACUACUUCCGACUGGGGAGGACCGUCUUUUCCAUCACCUGGUCAACCACACGUUUACGGUCAUUCUUACCGGUCGAAUCAUUUUGGUCAGUAG